ACACACAUACACGUAUGUAUGUGUACACCAACCCAUCGCUCGAAAAAGGGUGGCCAUGUUGUUUCCGUCAUCGCUCUCGAGCUCCUCGAGUAUGUAUGUAUGUACUGUGGUUAAUCCGGACUAGGAUGCUCCCACUCUCGACCCUUCCAUUGCCCGCUAGCUUGGCAACCGUACACUCCUCCCCUGCCCGUGCGCAUUGCUCCAGUCGGGACAGUGCAAUGAUUUCCACCAUAAAGUCCUUCGCUUGCUCCGUGCACACUGGCUUCUGGGUUCGUCUUUUAGGCUUCCCGCUGCGCUAUGUACCGCUGUGUGACCCGGCGCCGGGCAGAUAAGUUUAGAUCCCAGCCGGGCAUUACUAGUCCUUUGCCAACUGGCAAGUCUUGCUCUCAGAUACAGCGGCGAGCGGCACUGUACAGCGAGGGGGGGCUACGCUAUGAAUAAAUAAACAUCCUUCAUGACUGCGAAACUGCCUCAUCUUCGCAGGUUCUCUGGGCGUGACCAAGAUGGCAGUGCUAGUAACUGCCGCGGGCAACAUCUCUUGCGCUUGGAUGCUCCCGCUUGGAGGUUUUAGCCAACAGAGGAAAAGAGACCAUCGCGCUACUGUUGGCCGUAGAAUCACUUGUUGCGCCUGGCAUGCGCCUUUCCCGAUAGGACGAGCUUGGCUGGAGCGAUAUACUGUCGUUGGGUGGUAAGGGAUGUACCGACGAAGCGAGGAGGUUUGCAUUCACAAUGACGUAGGCGUUGACGAGUGUGCGCAGUACUUGCAACUAAAAGGAGUCAUCUUUGCUAUUGGCUGCUGACAGCUAGGAGUAUCCUUGCAUGAGCCUUGUAGCAAGGAACCGUUCAGUUGACGUUUUGCCGUGUAGUGUAGAGGACGCACUGUGACUAAAGUGAAGGUGGUGCCUUGUGUGGUGUCGUUACAACUUCUAUGAGGAUUAUACAUUGUGUGCAACAGUGUUGAAUGCGUCAAAGCUCCUAACGGUUGGAAACAGUGUGGUUACGGGUUGAGCGAGAAUUUAUGUAUGUAAUGAAGUGAAACACUAUCGUACCGCGGAACGAUGAACAGCGUAGACAUUUCCAACCAGAGCCAAGGAAUCCUACUGCCUUCGUACAGUACCACACUCGACUAUCUCCAGAAGCAAUCGCACCAGCAGGACACACCGUCCGAAGUUACGGCGGUCAGCUCGCCACCAGUGAGCUACUUCCAACAGUUCUUGUAUCCUACCGACGGCGAUCCGACACCCACCGGUCGUACUCUGCUACCCCGUGCACGGGAGUUUCCCAGUCCGCUGGAUCUUUCCUUGCGCCCCACCAAUGUUCCCAUGACGCCACCCUCGACACCGUCUCCGCCGAGAAAGCGUUUAAAAUCGUUCGACGAGUCGGCGGCCGUCAUUCCGGCCACCGUACCACGUACGCUCGAUAGCUGGCGAAGCAGCAGAAACCACUUCUCGGACACCGUUUGCAUCGAUGACAAACGAUACUACGCCAACACGACGUUAAGCGAACGUGCGGAUCGGACGGAAGCGUUCCAAUACUUUGACGACAGUGCACGUUCGGUUCCGUUCAAGUAUCCUUCCGUCGAUGGUGGUGAAGCACCGGGCUCGAAAGAAGGUCCCGAUAGGUCACGAGAAAAACCGGACGAGUUUAUUGAUGUUACUCGAGGUACCGAACAACACCCACAGCAAUUGGAAGUUGAGAAUCUGACCGAUCACGACGAACGAUUGACGCGCGAUAAGUCUGAUUCCUCAAACAUUGACGUGGAGUCGCUGGACAACGAUGGUGAGGAUAGUAAAGAAUCGAUCAACAUUGUUGACAGCGAGGAGAAAGAGAACGACGAAGCGGCCGUGCUCAACGAUGGUCAACGUUACUUUGCCGACGAGCGGCUUCAUCUGCAAGCGAUUGAAGGAUUCGCGCGGCUGUUCGAGCGAAGCUUCCCAUCGGCGAGCGGUUCGAAAAAGGCACCAACCACAUCCGGCGGAUCCGGUGCACGCAGUUCAGCGUCCAAAAGUGAGCGCCGCCGGACGAAGGCCCGCCGCCAAGGGGUGAUCGACGAGGACAACACUAGCCCCGUAUCGGGUACGAUCAUCCGCAAGCUCCAGGACGGGGAAGAGCUCGUGGUGCGAAAGGGCGAUAUCGAUCCAGCGUUCAACGUGGUCGAGAUCACGGAUGAGGCGAAGGAGAUCCUGUCCAAGAUUGACAACAAGAUCGGGUCCUAUCUGUGCCAGCUGUGCCGUGCGCUGUACGACGAUGCGUUUGGUUUGGCGCAGCACCGUUGCUCGCGCAUCGUACACAUCGAGUACCGGUGUUCCGAGUGUGACAAAGUGUUCAACUGUCCGGCCAAUCUGGCAUCGCACAAGCGCUGGCACAAACCGCGCGGAAUGGCGACCGAUGGAAGGAAGGGGGGCGGUACGAGGAAUGCUACCGCCCGCCAGGAAGAACGUGCGGCCGAGGAGGAACCGAUCGAAAUACUCGACAACUCGAACGAUAACCAUCAGCAUCAGCAGCCGGUGCCAGCAGGUGCUACUACUGCAGCGCCGGAAGAAGAAUCGUAUCCCUGUGGCCAGUGUGGGAAAACUUUUCGCAGGCAAAGCUAUCUAAAGAAGCACGCCGCCUCACACCAGAUGGAGCCAGCGUUGCUUCGUAACAUGGAUGUACGAUCAACGGCACUGAACAGUAGCACCUUCGGUGGUCCCGCAGUCUCUUCCAGCUCCGUCACAACCGUCACUUCCCUUGGUGCUCCAUUCUCCACCGGUCAUCAUUUGUUGGCCACGCCAGGGUCUGCUGGCGGAAGCUUUGCUGCCGCGUUCGACAAACUGACGCGCCCACUGGCAGCACCGAGUUCCGUCGGUGCAUCGGCUCUGUUUCCCUUUGCCGCCUGUUACGGUGGUAUGGCCUCGCUGGCCAACGGGAGUGCUAGUGCCGUUGCUGGUGGAGCAAAUGGUGGAUCCAUUGGUCCAAAUGUUUCACCGUACAGUGAACUGGAAAAACGACGCUGGCAGUCACUCGGUAAGCUGUACCUGCAGCAAAGGGAACGGCUGUCCGCGUUCCAGUACGUCAGGCAGCAUCAGUACGAGGAUUACUUGAAAUGCUUUCAUCCAUUUCAGUUUGGCCGCGAUAAAACCUGACCCAACAUUCUGCGGCCAGUACCACGGCUGGCCGCAGCACCUCUCUGGCCAACGACGCAUUCCAAUCAACUUCCUGUGACUGCAACAAUAACAUCAGCAGCAGCAGCACCACCACCACCGCCGUCGUCUUUACCACGUACAUCUCACCAACCCGAUCUUCAUGCACCGAUAGGUCCCACAGCGUCUAGCAUGUCGUCCUCCACACAACCGGUGGGACCGAUGGCAGAGCCUCCAAAAGAUAACGAACCAAUGCAUCUUAACCCACCGACCAUCCCGGUAUUAGCGUCUGUGUUUGGCACGGCGCAACAACACUCGGGAGCGGCCUCGGCUAAGCAAUCCCAUCAACUGGCGACGUUUACCCCGACCAGAAGCAUUCUGCAACAUAUCCAGCAACAACCGACGGCAUUUAGUGGCGAAUGAGUACGCACGACUUAAUGCGUGUUUCCGUUCGCUAGCAUCUCCUUCUCCCCUCAGGAUAAAUCGUUACUAGCUAAUAUCUAGAGCCUAGAAUAUCUGUUUUGUAGUUUUAAUAUUUUUUUGAAAAAUGCAUGACAUUGUGUCAACUUCCCAAUUGUCUCUAAAUUGACCGGAUGCAACAACAAUCUCCGGUCGGAGCCCAAGAAUCAAAGAAUCUCCUAUCAGCAUUCAUCGAAAGAUGACGAAUAAAGAGCAAAUAAAAAACACAUACAAAAUAAACAAAAACAAAUCUAUUAUACCAAUCCCA